UCGCGUCACUUUUCAUGGGACAUUGAGAGAUGUGUGUGUCACAGCGUCGGUGGACGGGCUGUAGGGGGCCGUGCUCCCCGGUCCUCCCCCUGGUCCUCCUCCUCCUCCUCCCCCUGUCCUUCCUCUCCUCCACGCCUCCGCUCGCUCAGGGAGCCAUCCACAUCCCCGGAGGCUUGUCUCAGCCUCCAGUGAUGAUGGAGAUGCCUUCAUCGCACACCGCUUUUUCUCCAGAGGACAUCUAUCUGCCCUGCGAGGCCACCGGUAACCCGACACCCACGUUCCGCUGGGUGAAAAAUGGAAAGAUGAUGGAGACGACGGGUAAAGGAACCGGGACUCUGAGAGCCAGCGAGGAUGAAGACAUCGAAUCGUACGACGGCACAUACCUCUGCUACGCCUCCAACAUACUGGGAACCGCCAUGACUCAAACCGUACGGGUCAUUGUAGAGGCUCAACCCGUCCUCCAGAAACAACAUAAAAUCCGUGCUGAGACCAUCGAGGGGGACAGCAUCGUCCUGUCCUGCAGCCCCCCUGAGAGCUCCACCCCCCCACACAUCCACUGGAUGGACAAGAAAAUGGUGCACAUAAAGGAGAGCGACAGAGUGACCGUCGGCCUGAAUGGAAACUUGUACUUCUCUAAUGUUGUGAAGUCUGACAGCAGAGCGGACUACAUCUGCAACGCCCAGUAUGCUGCAGCCAGGACCAUUCUCCCCGAAACCGCUGUCUCUCUCACUGUCAACCGGAGUAACGACGUGGUUCACGACAGGAAACCUCACCUCUUCACUCCUCAGGGAACUCACUCCACAGUGCUGGCUCUCAGGGAGCGCAGCUUCAUCCUGGAGUGUAUCCCCAAAGGCCUCCCGACUCCAAAGGUGGAGUGGAAGAAGAAAGAUGGAAGCCUGGAGGAGACGAGCGCUCAGCUGGAGAAGCACAACCGCUGGCUGCGCUUCGACAGCGUCACUCAGGAGGACGACGGAGAGUACGAGUGCAGAGCCUUCAACACCCACGGCUCGGUGACUCACUCCUUCACCGUCACUGUGGAAGCCGCUCCGUACUGGGUGAAGGAGCCUCAGAACCUGCUCUACGCCCCAGGAGAGACUGUGCGUCUGGACUGUCAGGCUGAAGGGAUCCCGACCCCGGUGGUCACCUGGAGGAUCAACGGGGAGCCCAUCUCAGAAGUGGACUCUGACCCUCGCCGCAGUGUGUUGGGUGGCGUGUUGAUCCUGAGGGACGUGGUGUACGCAGACACGGCUGUGUAUCAGUGUGAGGCCACAAACAGACACGGUGCCAUCCUCGUGAACACCUACCUCUACGUCGUUGAGCUGCCUCCUCAGAUCCUGUCCUCGGAUGGAGUGGUGUACAGAGUCACUGAAGGAGGAGACAUCAUGCUGCACUGUGAAUCCUUCGGCUCUCCUCAGCCACAGGUCACAUGGGAGGAUGAGAAUGGGCUUCCUCUGUUGUCACAUGCUGGCAUCUCUCUGCUGACCAACGGGACGAUCAGGCUGCACAAAGCCAGCCCGGAGGACAGCGGAUUCUACAUCUGCUCCAUCAGGCACACCAACAUCACCAUCACCGCUCACCUGGAAGUUUUCA